AUGGCGGGCCUUCUCGAUCUUGGAACAAGAAUGGCGCACGAAAUGCCAGUUCUGGAGGCAUUUGUUGAUGGAGCAACGCCGGCGAAACGAUUGCGUCUGCCAGCUCAGGAGAUCGAGUCUCUGACGGCUAGAUUCGCGAAACCUCCCAAGCUACGGAAGAAAACCGAGAACGAAGGAACAGUUGCGCCCCCUCUAGAAAUGCAGUGCUUCCCAAACUACGCCGCGCCGCCCAAGAAGGCUAGACUACCGAUAAUGAUGGGCGGAGAGUAUCGUGAUCCGAGAAACUUGACCGUCGUGGUCCCUGCUCCGCCGACCGACCUGUGCCAUCCGACAAGUAGAGUCAUGCUGCAGCCUCUCGAACAUCAAUGGCAGCUACCGUUUAUGAGCGAGGGAGCACCUCCAGCCAAUUGCGCAUUCACGGAAUUACCUCCAGACCUUCUGGUUAUCAAAGAUUUUCCAUUCAGCGAAUCUUAUUCAUAUGUUCAGGAAGAGCCGACACCUUCUGCGAAAUGGAGUAAUCGCGUUGGCAACAUGCGCAAAAUGUUCCGGAGUUACAACUUCUCAGAGACUUACUGCAUCUGGGAGCCGAGCAUCAACCCUCAACCAUUCGAAAUCAGCACUGAGAAGUCUGGUUGGAGUAAGAAUUUUCCUUGUUUUCUCGAAAAGUAAUCGCUGGCUUGAGAUAAUACUUAAUGAAAGCUCAAACGAAAUUUAAAAGGGUUGAACGUUUUUGUAUUAUUCUUUCCCCAAGCAAGGGUGGGAUAUAGUAGCAGACCAAGAUAUCCAAAAAGUUACAGCAAGAAGAGAAUUGAACGAGUUCGAAGCACGCGGAUAUGACGAGCAGUUCGAGCUGAUGAUGUUCGCCAGCGGGGACGAGACAACGACUGGCCGCAGCUCGGCCGUUCAAUUUGUCCAGCAAUUCGUGAUGACGCAGAUGAACAUUCUGCUGCAGAAGCUCUUUCUCUUGGCCAAAGAACGUCAUGCCAAAGCGGCCGGCAUUCAACCUCUGUGAGAAAAAAACUCUUUAGGCAUCCAGAGCCUGACUUUUUACAGGAGCAUCGGCUACGAAGAUCUGAUAACCGUUUGUGCGGGGAACUUGCCGCGUCUCCACCGCUACGUUCAGUUUGUCUUGGUAGCUUUCGCAAUUAUGUCAGAACUAAAGCAUAGUCAAAACUACAGAGAGAAGAUAAACUGAAGAAGAGUAGGACGUUGCGCCAACUGGAAAAAGAUAACCCAAACUUUCGCAACGAUUACAAGAAAUAUCUAUUCCAAAGCUUGACCGUGUCCGACUCGGAGGAUUUUUCCCUCGAGAACAGGUUAGUUCCCAUCUUGAGCCAAUUUUUGUCAAGGAUUAUGUUGAGAUGUCCCCACAUUUAUUCGUCUAUCGACAAAGUGUGCAGCUCUGUCAUGACCCACAUCGUGGUGUCGCAGAGCAAAUCCUUUGUGAACCUCCGUCGGUCGCUCCGAAUUCGACGUCUCAAGAAACGCAACGAAGAACUUUCCAAAAAAGGACGUUCCCUUUUCGCCGAGUUCAAAGAUAUUUCCUUCUGCAGCCGCAGAAACAGCCGGUUUGUUAUUCCCCACAUAUCAAUACUGAUUUUCCAUGUGUUUUGGAGCUUCGCCAGAAUUCAGAUCGACGUUCCGUGCCCUCCGUUUCCACGAACUUAUCGGUUUGCCUCCAUUGGAGACGGACCUCAUCUACCACCUUGAUCAUUUCGCCAUGGAAAUCAUAAGAGAGGUGAUUCGGGAAUCUGAACUAGGUUGAAAGUUCCUCUUCAGCUUGUAUAUGAAGCGUUGUUAGUGCGCGACAAGAAACUGCUGGCGGCGGGCAUCACGACGAACGUCCACGAACCUCUUUGUCUGCAGGACUACGUCGAGGCCAAACAGAAGCUCCUGAGGGCGGCAGGGGAAAACUACAGAACCGGUACGUCUUCUAGAUACAAUAACUAUUCCCCAAGUAGUUAUCAGACACCAAAAACACAUUUAAAAAAAGGCCAGCUGAGCUUUUAUAUUAUUAGACCAAGCAUUCGCGUGAAAGUCUGGAACCAUCCCUACAAUUUUUCAAAUACUUUCCGAAUUAUAAUUAAUAAUCAAGUGCAAUCAAAACAAAUUUGUGCAUGAAAAUAAUUUUGAAAGUUUCUUAGUUAUAAAAGCGUGUAUUUUCAUCUUUUUUUCAUGGGUUCGAAGCUUUUUUUUCUGAUAUGCUGUUGACCAUGUGUUAUAUUCAACUAGUCUCAUUUCAGAAAGCUUCUUGUUCAACAAUUUGAGCGAGAAAAUAGAUACUUAUUACGAAUGGACUGUCGGCGACGAGAGCAACGUAGAAUUGCGAAUGAAAACGAGGCAGUUCGAAGACGUCAACGGCGAAGAAAUCGCCCAGAGCGACGUCGAGAUCGGGUUGCCGAGAAACAGCGAGUUCAUCGACGACGUCAUGACGGCCUUGAGGGCCUUCGGACAACAUCUCCAAAGGGAAGAGGCCGCAAGAAAAAGCAACAGUCCCUGA